AUGGAUCAGCAAAUACAGCAGGCAGUGGACAUUGCGCUUAGCGGCACGGCAGACCCGAGUCUAAAGAGCCAAGCUUUCGACUUCAUCAAUGAGAUCAAAUCCACAGAACAGGGCUACCAGACAUGCUUCGAUCUCUUGUUGUCUGAUCCUCAAAAGGGUAUCCACCUAAACGACGGGCUCAAGUUCUUCAUUCUACAAGUCAUCGAGGAAAACACGGAAAAGCUCGGUGAGCAGCAGUUGUACCAGCUCAACCUGGCUUUAUUCAAGUACUUGGAUCUGUUAGUAGCCGCAGACCACCAUGAUCAGGUGCACCUUAAGAAUAAGCUUAGUGACUUGUUUGGCAGUCUAUUCUGCCUAGUAUACUCCCAGAUCAACACUGAGUUCCUCAAGCUGCUUUUGAUGCUCAUCCAGUCCUCCCACCCCCUCAGCAUAGACUACUAUUUAAGGAUCCUCAUUUCCAUCCAUUUCCACAUUGGCGAUAAGUUGAUUUCCCGAACAAAGGAGGCUCACAACAGAUCCAACGUUCUCAAGGACUUGAUUCGUGAAAGAGACAUGCCCCAGUUGGUCGAGUCGUGGAAGACUAUCUUGACCACCGUCAAGGACUCCGCCCUUCUAGAUAAUGGCCUCAAGGUUGUGGGUUCCUACGUCAACUGGAUGGAAAUCAGCAUGUUCAUCCAGAACGGAUUCAUCGGCAUUAUUUAUGAGUUCUUGAAGUCCCUGCCGCAACUACGCAACCAGAGCUGUGUCACUUUGAUAGAGAUCAUCUCCAAGAAGAUGAAGCCUGCCAGCAAGCUUGAAUUGAUCAAUUUGCUCGACUUGACGUCUGUUAUUGGAUCUCUCAAGGAUGACGACUUGGACUUCAUUGAGAACCUCGCAAAGUUGGCUAAUCAGAUCGGCAUUGAGCUUGCUAUUGUCUUGGAGAAUGACGGAUCAUUGCUCAACGAGAUCAACGUUCACCUCCUCAAGUUGUGGCCUACCAUUCUUGAAUUCUUGGGCCACGAGUACGACGAUGUUUCCCAGCAAGUGUUUCCCUUUAUCCAGGCUUACAUGCUUCUAGCCAAAAAGUAUGAGGUGCUCAACCUGGUCGAAUUGCUCUCAACCUUACUCAAGAAGAUCAUCAUAAAGAUGAAGUUUGACGAGGAUGCCGAGCCAUUUGAUGAUGAUGAGCAGUUCAGCGAGGUCCGUUCCAAGUUGAAAACCUUCCAGGACACCAUCGCUAUUUUGAGUCCUCAGAUGUACCUCGAAGUCAUGCCUAUGUUCUUUGAAAGCUCGAUUUUCAACGCUUCUCUGGAUGAUUGGGCAUCUGUCGAAUUGGGUCUCUACGAGUUAAGCAACUUCGGUGACUCCUUGAAGAACAACUUGGUCAACUUCCCCAAGUCUGAAAUCACUACAUCCAAGCCAUUCCAAGAAGUGCAGAGCUUCUUGAUCAAAAUCAUUAACAACUUCACGUCGAUUAACCACCCUAAAAAUCAACUUGCAUUCUUCGAAUUAAUCAUUCGUCAUUUCUCCACUAAAAGUUUCAAUAACACUACAAACACCAGCAUUGAUGAGCUCGUGAUCAAAAUUCUAGAGCUCUUUUCCGAAUUUGGCUUGUUCAACUCUGUUGAAAGCGUCCGUUUGAGAACUUGGUACCUCUUCUUCCGUUUUGUCAACAUCACCAAACCUAAGUUGAAUGACUACUUCUUGGAAAGCCUAUUGAUCAAGUUCCAGCCUUUGCUCAUUAUUAAAGCUGAGCUUCCAACCAGGGAUGAGGACGACGAUGUUGUGGAGAACGGCAACUUCAACAGUCAGUUGUACUUGUUUGAAGCACUUGGUAUCCUCAUUUCCAUGGCUGAUUCUCCAGACUCCACGGCCAGAUCUAUCGAAAUUCUUUUCAACCCACUUUUCAGCAGCUUGGAAACUUGUAUCUCUCGUGACGAUAAAGAUGUCAACCCUCUCGUUCCCUUGCAAGCCAACCAUCUGUUGAUGGCGCUUGCAACUGUGACUCGUGGUUUAGACACACAGGCUCCAGGCAAAUCUGCUGCUGCCAAGCAUGAUCCUAAGGUGGUCAGCAAGGUUGGUGAUGCUGCUCAGGUUGUGUUGAUCACACUCGAGAACCUCAACAAGUCAGAGAACGUCAGAGAUGCUGCCAGGUUUGCGUUUGCUCGUUUGAUGCCAAUUUUGGACGUACAGAGUAGUUCUCAUUUGAGUAAGUUGAUUCUGUUGAUCUUGGCCUCGCCAAAGUUGAAGAUCACUGAGCUUGGUGACUUUUUGAGUUUCGUUGGCCAGAUCGUGCACCAGUUCAAGAACAACGAUGAUAUGUUCCAACUCUUGAAUGAUUUGAUCACGCCUAUGAUUCGCAAGAUCUUUGAGCUUCUCUCUGCUGACGAAGAAAACAACCCUCAUGUCACCAGGGACAAGUACCAGUUGAAAAAGUCGUUUCUUAAUUUCAUCAGCAUCGUUGUUUUGUCUUCAAUUAUUGAAUACUCGCAGGAUUUGAACGACAUCACUACUACCAAGCUGGCAAUCGUUCAGUUUGGUAACGUCAUCGCCGUGCUUGGAUGCAACAACGGAAAAAUCACUGACGCCAAGGACAAGCUCAGCUCUACAUUGGCCCCAAUAGAGGGAAUUGACGAGUACCUCAUGGAGAGCGCUGUUCCGCAACUUGGCUCAGGACCUCUCCUUGCUUCUCAAAACCUACCAGAACAGGCUGACUCGGGAGAGUUUGUCAACUUUCUUGUGAACUACUUGGUUAACGUGGGAUUGGCUCAGGACCUCACAAACGACUUCGGACAGAAAUUGGUUGAUAUGGACGCCAAACUGUUCAAGAAGUACUACGUGUCGUUUUUGGCCGAACUCAAGAAGUAA